AUGGCCACCAAAAAGCUGGAUGAUGACGACGAUUUGAAUAACAGAAGAAACCAAACAAUAAUAAAAGCGACACCCAUAGUGGCCACGAACGACUCCUGGGUGACCUUGUACGAAGACGUUCUUGACCCAACAGAUGAUGAUUCGGAGCAAAUCUUGCACGAACUGUACCAAAAUUUGCCAUGGAAUGUGGAAACCGAUCAAUUCGGACCCCAAUCUCGACCUACCUGCUACUUUGCCGAUCCGGAAUGUACCUUUUCCUACGUCGGCCUGAAAUUGGAUCCUCCUAGUACCGGUAGUACUCCUGGCAAUAAUAAGUGGCACCCUACGGUUCAGAAAUUAAGAGAAUGCGUCACGAGACUACUGGCGGUAGCUGGGCCGGAUGAUCCAUCAUCACCGAGUAAUGAAUCCAGCCGCCCAUUAUUGACGGCAUGUCUGGUCAAUCUGUAUCCACAAAACAAAGGAUUCAUUCCUUGGCAUUCGGACGAGAUUCGAGCCCACGGCAAGGACAAGGUUGUGGCAUCACUCUCCUUGGGAGGUCCCCGUCGAUUUCAAUUGAGACGUCGUCGUCGAGUUGACUCAUGCAACCACCAUACGGAAGAGGGGGAAACUAAGCCACGAAUGGUGGCGGACCUAUGGUUGCCUUCUGGAUCCGUCUUGCUCAUGAAGGGAGAGGUUCAAGAGCAUUUCGAACAUUGUCUCCCACUGGAACCAGAGAUUAUUGGUGAUGAUGCUGCUGCUGGUGAUGAUGCUGAAAUGUCUUUUAAGAAACGCCAAGAAGAUGUCACUAUCAAUCCAUUGCGAAUAUCCUUGACCUUUCGUUCCAUUGUGCCGGGAUAUGAAAGCAGCAACAAUCGAACGAUCGCAACGGACCAAUAA